AUGAAGUUCUUAGAUGUUCAGCUCUUUUGCUCAACACAAAAGCUUUCCGGGGUAAGAAACCCCAGCCAUAAACCAUACCCUUGCCGCAAUGGGUCCUUCUUAAUGUGGCUUUUAUGGCUGAGAUACAAGCCAAAUAUUUGUUUCUAUGACAGCCUGUCCCACCGCCCGCGGACCAGGCGUGUAUGACACCUGCAGAUGCGAAGUUCAACUUUUCCAACAACGGCCUUCCUAUUCCACUUCCAGUCGUCCUAACUUUGUCUUGUCAGCGGGACCAGUCGUGUGAGGGAAGAGAUUGUUUGGCAGAUGGGGCUCAGGUCUGCCACUACUAUAAACUAAGUUGCGCGCAAGUUGCCGUCCCUGCGGCCACUUUGGCGUGGGCAGACGGUGCGCCUCACCGGUUGUGAUGGUCGAAUUAUCACUUGGCAUGACUAUUAUCAUGCCAGAGGUGGCCUCGUUGAUAUAAUGGAUUAUGCUACACUUCACCUGACGAUCUGCGGCAGCGGAUCUAGGGAGCCACACUCAUUCUGUCCUCCAGCGACGAAUACCAAAUAGCGUAGGUCCAAGAACCCCUUCUACGGCUUGACAAACUGUGCCGUGUUGGGUUUUGAUUUGACAUCCCCUUCCACUCACCAAGUUGGACAAUGGCGUCCGAUCGAGGCCAGCGACACUAAGCCCACGGAGGGGGGCGACAAGGAAAGUGCCUAAACCACCUCAGUCGUUUUUAUUGAAUGAGCUGAGAUAUCCUCUUGAUGUUAUCGCAAAGAUUACGGCAUGUCUCGUAUUUCACUCGAAGGAUGGUUCUGAGCAAACCGUGGCCAAACAUCUCCGGUUUGCGCUUGUCCUCCAAGCGCACAGCUUAGCAUUCGCUGGCGACAAUUCAUUCUACAGAUUAUUAUAGGUUGAACCUAGCAGAGUGGCAUCCCCAGCAUAGUUAAGGUCAGUCAUUUGGGGCCCAUAUGUGAAGUCGGCAUCACAAAUACGCCUACGGCCUUUCCGGGAAUCCAGCCAAUGGCGUAGUUGAACACAAUGGGUCACACAAGACAGGCUUGUCGAACCUUAGGCUAAAUGUGAACGGCUGAAAGGGUUUGUUUUGUAGCCGAACUCGCGCAUUGGUGCAGCAGUAGCAGGUAGUAGGUGUGCUUUUCGGCGGCAGACCGUUUGGUUCUAUUGUCUGCCACAGGGAUUCACAAUAAUCACAGGCUAUCAUGACGUUGAUGUCAACAAGGUAGACGUCGAUCUAUUACUGAUAGUGAUGACUGAAUUUAAGAAUGUGCCGUUAUGUGAAUAUCCGGUCGGGCAUCAAUAUCGAACUCGGAACACGAUGUGUCUGGGUUUCAUCCGAAAGCCACGCCCAAUCUGAACCACAGUGGCAAACUCCCUUACAGAAAUGCCAGUCAGACUUGUACCGUGGCAGUUUUCUCACUUUGCCCUAGCUCUUAGUCAUUAGGAAGAGCUUCAUUUCCUCAUGCUGACUAAUUCAUCCGAUGAACUCGGUAUAUCAUUGUCGAUACAAGACCUAUUGACAUCAGCGAAAAUGACGCCUUUCGGGCGCGAGCUUUGGACGUAAUCGAGGAGGGGGGUCUCACAAGGGACGGACAGAUCUCCGCAGCGGAUAGAGAGAGGGUAUUGUGUUGAUAAUCGAAGCCGAGAAGGUUGACCGAAGCUCCCACGCCGGCGCUCGACCUUAGUCAGGAUGUCAACAGUAUGUUCGGUCCUCGUUGCUGACGACGUCCACCGUGUGAACCGCAGCAAGAUAGAAGCAGGCACGGGGACUUGCGCGUGAAUUAGUUUAUGGUGAUUAUGGACUUGCACAGAACCUGCCGCGCUCUCUCCUCCUCCCCUGCCUAAGCCCGAUGUCAAGAUACAGUUAGAGAAGAACGAAGGCGGAAGAGAGCGCAGGUGGCUGGGCGCGUCCGGAUUCGCACCUAGGCGUACCAUCACACAUUCUGGUCCACAACAAACACUAGAAAAGGAUUUUAUACACCAAGAAAAGAAAAGGGGGAACUGCUCAGACCCCAAAUUAAUGCGGCGAGUGCCUACAGCUGAUCUCCUGGAAACAACCCUGGUCCACAAUACGCACUGACUAAGGACGACGGUUGGUGCGGCCGCGGCCGCCCCCAGGCAUGCCGCCAUACCCCGUUCGGACAAAGUCACUAGGCAGCCAUGCACACGACCUGUAUACCCAGCAGGAGCGCAAGCACAUCCAUCGCAGGGAAUCAGGGAUCAGAGGAUUGACAGCGCACACCAGGCUGCGAGGGCUGGUGGUACUGGGUUGCCGUAAUUGUGCAAUAUCACUGCAUCCUGCACGUUAAAAGUUGAAGAUGAAUGAGAGGUCAACUUUCAGGUCUGUGCGAGCAAAUACAUGAUCCGGUCAGUGGAUGUUACCAGUUUGGUCAACGCACAUAAAUCUAUUUUUAUGAGCGCCACUGUGCAAUUAUGAACUAAAUAGAUUGUAAUGAUUGUGGCUGGCCGAACGACUAUCACGUGAAUACUAGGUCAGCAGAUGUUUUCGGUGAUAGCAGAAGCGCGGUUUAGUGACAGUUAACCAGCCCUCACCAGCAAGGCACAUCUUUUCACCCCUGUUGCAUAGAGAACUAAGACUAAACCGGCCAAUGAGAUGACUGUUUAAAGAUUCACCUGGGACAUUCAGAGUGUUCCAGGCGCCGGCGACACCCAGUGUAUCUCUACUAGGUACACUUUCAACAAAGUCUUGCAGUUGCCAGAAGAAAGCUUCUUUGCCACGCUGGUCGUCAGGUAACGUUGAUGUCCUCACGGAGACGACGGAGAUUUUCGUAGGGUGACCCUUCUGCCGUAAAUAGGCCAAUCGGUCACUUGGUUUUUCUCUCUUUAGCUGUACACGGUUCACUUGGCGCGAUAGCGCGAUAGCUACACCGUGUCUACCAGAAGAGUCAUAUGGGCUGCUAAGCCAAUAGCUAUAUAAAUUUGCAUCCCUUGAGCAUGGUACUUCAAGAAGGUGGACUUUCUGCUGCAUCAUUUUGCUGUGUAGAUGAACUUUGUGUCUUUUCUUUUUAGGAGAACUAAGUUACAGUAGGCGUACUGACUCAUGAAAUGUUGACCGAAAUCCUGAAAUGCGUUUUCGUUUCUUAAAGAUUGCUUAAGUAGGGUUUUAAAAUCAAUCAUCAUGCAGCAUAACUUAUAUACUAAUUCAGUUACCUCGGGAUGCUGGUUUUCAAACUAAUGUCUUUCCGGCCACAUUCAAGAACCACUCUCUGUAAAAAAUGACUACUUAGAUAGCAUACAUUUUGCUCAUUGAUUUUCGAUGUCCUUAAAAAUUCAACCAUAUUUCAUGGAAAACAUGCAUAAAAUAUUCAUUCCCUUACUCAUUCGGUAGAAAAUUACGUCUUCUUAAAAGUUUAUACUCGAAGGAACGGUGUAAUUCGGUUUUGAAAAAAAUUUUCCAAUUCCCGAAUAAUUUUAAACCCGACGUACCGUUACACCUGCAUUCAGAGUUUCCAAACCACAAACUUUCUGUUUUCCGUUUACGGAAAAUCAUACACUUCUCCACGUUAUUAAGGGGAGACCGUAUAGGGGUUCAUAAAUUUUUCAGUGGACUUGAGCCAUAUUGUAAACUGCACAAACAAUCUUAGUAAAUGCCGAGACAUUGUGUUUUAUACACGGGCAUUUGAUGGUCUUAAAAAUCUCACAAUGAAAAGCUCUUUUGAAACCGAAUUAUAUCCUUCUUUCAAGUAUAAAGUUUGGAGAAGACGUAAUUUUCUACCAAAUGAGUAAAAUAAUGAAUACUCUAAGUGGAAUGACGGGUUUGUCGUUUACGGAACCUGGAGUCGGUGUCUUUGGCCUUAGUGGCCGUUUUCAAGGCCGAAGCGUUUUCUGAUCGUUUUAUAUCACGCCUGGGAAAGAGUGAGACAGUGGUAUCAAUCCCAGUUUUGUAUGCAUUGGAGCUAGGUUGGGACUGUUAUGUGUUUAAGAGUGCGUUUUGCAUUACCCAGCGAACGGUGGGUUCGAUUGGGGUAUUGACGGCUGUGACUAUCCGCAUACACCUACAGCCGUACGGUAAAUUUAAAAACCAAAGGACAAUCGGCAAAAUAUUAAUACGUUGUAUUUGCUACUGAUUUUUAUCAUUUUUUCGUUUUAUGACAGUUAUUCUAGGCCUUGAAUAGUUGACUUGUCACAGAGUUGAUUUUUGAUUUGGUGGUUUUUCCUAAAAUAAAUUAUUACUUAGUCAAUAAAUAAUAAUUUAUAAACCAAACUGUGCCAUGUUUUGAAACUCGGUCGUAUACUUAACGCAAUAUAACUUUCGUGGGUGCGGGGUGGACGUAUCUUGCGCUACAGUGAUUUAAGCUCACAGUUCGUGACCUUUCAUGAGAUAGGUCACCAACUGUAUGUCCGAGCCGCAAACAGUUGAAUGACAGUGGGUCGGUACGUUGGAGAGGCCUUGCAGGAUGAGUCUUUAGGAUGAAAUUGGGUGACUUUGAGCCGUUUAAGGGCCGAGGCGAAUAGUGUUACCCAUGUAAUGAAGACGGUAGGCCACGAGCCUCAGGGAGUAUAAUAGGGUCACUACAACGCCAUCAGAUCUGCUCACCUUCGCAGUUUCCGCUUUGUUCAACGUGAUUCCAGUUAAAGGCUAUUCCACAUACAAGCCUCCUUAACAGAGACGUUUGACAAUGUUUUAGCGCUGGACCGUCUUUAGUGUAACCUGAAGACCGCAUGACGUAUUUAUUUAUUAGAGAUUUAUCAUGAACCCCUUGGCUAAAUAACAUUUCAUCUGACUGAUGACAUUCUAAAGGGUCUUCCUCAAAUUUUGGUGUCUAUGCAAAUACCGGGUUUCUAAAGUCCCAAACUACCCUUAUCAGUGCUCUCAAUCUUCACUCUCCUCCUCUCUCACUAGGUUGAAAUAUCAGCCUUCAUUGAGAUCUCACCCAACUUUAGGGGUGGUUUGACGCAACGGCCACUGUGCGCUCGGUCCCUCACUUUGCGUGCGAUUCGCCUGCUCCUCUGGCUUUUCGUCUGGGAGACAAUUCUUCACAUUGUGUACCCGAAUGCCGUGCUCUUUCUAGCCACACAACCCGCCGCCGGCGUUCCACCGCCGCCGCCACCUCCACCAGCGCUGGGUUCCUCUGUGUCGGGUAGAUUUCACGCUAGCCCACACCUAGAAACGGACCGCUCUGCCCUUGGUGGGGCAGUCUACCUCAUUGGCCUGCAGUUCUUCUUCGCUUAUAUGCAGCUCUACGGCUGGCCACGACUUCUAUCAGAUGUCCAAGUCUACUUGAUGGCCCGAAGCCACAGUCCGGUGGCAUCGAACGUCUUCACUUGCCUCGUACCCGAUGGGCCACCCUGUCCCACUCAUGUCUUUCUCUUUUCUGAGAUGUGGCGGUAAGUCUCAACUGAUGAUUUUGUGACUCCGCUCUGUGAAGCGUCUUCUGUGGAUGCUUUAUAAAUUAUUUUUCCUCAACUCUAGUACCAUUCCUUAUAGUCACUCAUGAGUCCUCACUUACCGGAUGGAGCUGUAUCCCCACAGCUCAGAUAAACUUUAAGAUUGGGCCACAUAACAUCCGAAUAUUACGACCGAAGCUGUAUCCAUCUGCAUCCCAAUUCGAUGGGAAGUGGGAAGAAGUCUGGAUUCUUGAAAAUGGCUAUACCUGCGAAAAAUGCAAAUGUCGCAAGCAUUACAUUCUAGUGGCUGUGGACUUUUCAGCCCUACCCUACGGGGUUCUUAAUUAACAUAUUUAUUAAGACAGAACGUCUCAAGGAGAAAACGUUUGCUGCCUUGUUGGGUCGAAUCGCCGGCAUCCGCGACUUAGCGACGGGUGCUCCACUUCCGAGCAGUUGGGGCUCAGUAAGCAAUACACCGUAUUUUUUCUGACUCUCAAGAUUACCCUACCCUUAGUCUGUGGAACUUUCUUGAUGUGGUUCCUGCAUGUAAUAAGUUGAAUGUAUAAAGAGUAUCUUGGCUAUUAAGUAUUACAAGUUAGGUCAAAUUUUAGUCAUGUUAUCAAGUGCAAUGUUCAUGUCCGUCCGAAUUAUAAGCCUACUUUGCACUGCGUCUGAGAUGGAAUAAUUAGUGUUUGAAGUCAGAAUCUAUCAUUGGAUUUUUUCAUACAAACUGAUUAACUAUCUCGUUUUCUCCUACUCUUUACUAGGAAAUUUGAUCGCGGCCUGUACAACUUUCUGAAGUGGUAAGAACUUUGCAAUGAAUGUAUUUUGGAUGUUAUUGAGGGAUGUGUAUCUGUUGACUCCCGUCGGUCUAUUCUAUAAGAUGCGCCUUCUCAGUGGAUAACACCACAUAAAUAAAAGACGAUUAAGACGUAAACCUAACAAGAUCCGUGACCCUCUCUAAAAGGUUUGGUUCCGAAAAAGGAAUUAUCAGUGGGACAUUUUGCAUGGUGAUUAAACUUUUCAAGCUGUAACGUAGCCUUUCAUCAUCAGUUUGGUGAGCCUAACUCUCAGUCCACGCUAUAAGGCUGGCAGGACACCGACGCUACCGCGUCCGGUGAAGGUGCCUAUGUUGAUUGUUUGCUGACUGCUGAAGCCCGGUGGCGUCAUUCACACCGGUUCCAGUGCUGCCGGCACGGCCUUUCACUUCGUUUUCGCAGUCCUGGCGGCCACACGUUCCCACUGAUUUCCCGAUGGGGUUGGUCGCCUACUAGGUAGUUUCUCAAGGGUAAGUGGACAGCGGGAAAAUCAAUUGGUCGGGUUGUAACGGUCGAGGACAUCAAGGGUAGCACACCUCCAAGUAACGAGCCACUGGAAAGAGAUCCUGGCUAACGUUGAUCUGAAUAAGGUCGUCAGCAAGUCACGAUACACAUCCGCACAUAAAGGAAGAAGGAACGUCAAGUGGUCGAGAAGAUAUAAUGGACAAAGAUGGAAAUUGGAAAGGUUUAUAAUAACAGUUAAUAGUACAAGUGGAACGAGUUACAACUGUGGAGUAACCUGUCUGCUUUAACCUGGAACAGCGUUCCCAGCAUAGAAUGGUGAUUGUAUGUUUGAGUUACACACUAUAGGUCCUCAUCUCCAGGUUACUGCCUCUAAAAACGCACGGCCUGAUUUCGGCUGGCUGGGAUAGGCUGAGUAUAAGAUUUGCGGCAAACUUAACACCCGCAUCAUUUGUUGACCCGCAUUUUGUCAUAUUCACUAUAAGCGGAACUAAGGGCUGACCGCUGCGAUCUGCGCCCCGAUGGCUCACCUUGUAGCGGUCGAGGACGUCAAGGGUAGCACACACCCAAGUAGCGAAGCACUGGAAAGAGAUCCUGGCUAAAGUUGAUCUGAAUAGGGCCGUUGGUAAGUCACUAUACUCAUCCGCAGAUAAAGGAAGAAGAAACGUCAAGUGGGCGAGAAGAUAUAAUAGGCAAAGAUGGGAAUUGGAAAGGUUUAUAAUAACAGUAAAUAGUACAAGCAGAACGAGUUACAACUGUGGAAUAACCUGUCUGGGUGGAGGGGCGAUGCCGACAUGCCAGCUAGUUAACCGGUGGCGAACGCAGUGCUGUGGGUAACUGCAGGGGAGGGCCGAGGGAGGUGACGAUGUUGAGAGAGAAAGCGAACGAUACAAGCGUCACGGUACGUUGCAGGAAAAGGGGUCGGGGUAAGUGAGAGGAAGGGACGCCGGCCAUCUUCACCAGCACGCGGUUACGUCAUCUCCAUUCUAGGUCCGCGAGCCAAAAAGUGUUUUCUCAUUCAAACGACCCAAUCGAGGUUGCGUUACAGGGUCACAGAGUCGCGUCCCAUGCAGCUGUUUUUUUGUCGUGUGAUUAUCCCCACGGCCCGGAAACACAACCCCCCGGAGUCAGGCUCAUGAACAGCCGGGCAAUAGCAUCGCCGCCGGCCAAUUGCAGUUUACCAUCGCAUUGCUAGUUGUGGUGUUUGCGACCCUUAGUCGCUGUUUGACUGUCCAGACCCAAACCGAACACAUCCCAGCUACCGCCUCCUUUUCGUUCUUGUUUCCUCGCAGUCAUGUUGUCAAAGACUUCUCUUUUUCAGGUACAUCUAUUUACCCUGGCUAAAACCCACUGAACGAACUGUUCGGAAGAAGACAGUGUCGCUUGCUAUCCCUCCGCAUCAUCCAGUGUCACUUGUUCAGCGCCUACAAGGAGGAAUUCUUUGUUUCCUCUUCGUGCUUAUUUUUCAUUCUUGCAACUCGCAGAACGGUAUGCUACACGUUUUUUCCGAAAUGAGGUUGAAAAAUUUUAAUUCGUCUUUGAUGCUAGCAUACCUACCACUUUCCCUUCCACCGUCUUUGCCAUCAUAGCCACUAUCCACAUAACCGACGACGAUCACAACUAUCUCGAUUGGGAAGUGGUGACUUGAACUUUUAUUGACUUAUAAUGAGUGGUACAUGCGCUGCAUCUGCCUAACUCCCUCAUCUGAUACCCACGAGGCUCCAAAGGCAAGAAAAAGUUAGAACAGACGGAGACACGCUUCCAGGGACUAAAUCCACAAAUGUAUCCUCCACAGGCGUGCUGGUCCCUACACACACGAAUCGAAAUUCAAUUAAAGAUAUCGCGAUGCCGCAAUGACCCAAUUAAAAGGAGAGAGUAUUGCAGACUGGUCCUUAGGUCGGUAGACGGCCCUACAUUACAUGCUCAAGUUUGAAUGAAUUUCAUCCUUCGUUCUAAAAACGUCUUCCCUCCGUUUUUCAAAUUUAGCUGUCUGGGUGGGGAUAAACACGAUUCAGAUCCUACUGGAGCGCUUUUUUAAAUGGACUUAUCACAAUACAAUCUAUGGAGAAAAACUUGUAAGUGUUCCUUUAUCGAUACUUCUGUCAAUGUUGACUCCUCGCAAUCUUGUAUGAAAAAUUACCGUUUCCCUAGAGGGACUCACUAUCCGAUGCCAGUCUUCGAAGAAUUACUGGAAUUCUGUGCAGCAUCAGUGCAAUAUUUUCGUCCAUCGGUUUCUUCUACUUUUAUCUGGGAUUUACUUCAGGACAGUGGAUCGGGUAUUGGAUGCUAGUUGACCCAGGUAAAUUUACUCCAAUUGUCCCAUUCUGUUCUUUUAAGUUUCAUCAGUAACCGGACGUUUUCUUAUGAAAUGUUUGCCACCUUAUUGCGCCCUUUUGUUUCAUUUAAUUUCCUGAGGCUUGUCCGUUUCCCAUCUCUCGUUGUGGUUGUAGCCACAAGCACAAUCAUGAACAUACUAACCGCGCCACCCUACUACUUCAAGCCUAAUUUACUGGCCAAAUCUAGUCGACUACAGAAUGUUAAAACGAUACAUUUAAAGCAAGAUGUAUAUAUUUUAGACCCUUAUUAAUUUGUUAGGAGCGCUACAUACAUGAAGAAAACACAUCGUCCGAAAUUUAUUGUAUGCUACAGCUAUAGAAUUAACCUGAAACACCAAAAUCGGAACCCAUAAUAGGCUAAAACGAUAAGAAAACAUGCUUUUUAUGUAAGUGGAGAGAAACAAAUUACGGCUUGAAUGUCGGAGAACUCGUUAGCCCACCGGUUUUAGGAGUUCGAACAUCCCGAAGUUUACAGAUAUUAAAGGUUGUUAAGUUUACGUUGUGUGGCCAGUCAAGUCUGUCUUCGUCGUGCCUUGUGCCGUCCAAAAUUCGAAACUCCUAGAGCAGUUCCCAAGACAAAAACUCCGAAUAGACCCAACUACCUACCUCUUUCAUCUGCACUAACUCGGUACAAGAUUGGCUCAGGUAUAGGUGAUUAUUUAAUGGAGCUCUGGGUCAGAUUAACGGUUUAACCAGAUUGUUGAUUGGCUCGACCAUUCGCCAGACACGCUAAUGCCCUUGGACUUGGGAGUUUAGGUUCUCCUAUGUCUAAGGAUUUUUAAGUCACAAAGGAAAGUGCUUUUCAAACAAAUUUUAAUUAACACUAUUGGAGAUGGAAGGGAAUGAUCACUGUGAGUUCUUUUACCCAUUUCAGUAUAUCGUGUCAUCGCUAUUGUCUGCUACUACUGCACUUACCAAAUAUCAUUAGCUGCGGAGCGGUGGUACACUUCGAAAUAA